ACUCUGCGGUAGGCUGGCAGGUACGGCAUCAUGUUGUGCUGGGAGGAUUUUCCUGCGUGGCUCUUUGAAUGGCUCCAUCCCCACCUUAGGUCGGGGUACAGGCAUGGAUAACUUCGAGUACAGCAUCCAGCUGAACGACAGGGAAUGGGCUGAGUUCUUCUUGGCCUCAGAGGAGUGCAACCUCGCCCCGGCCUCGCUGGCCACGGCCGAGGAGCAGUGCCUCAGUGACAUUGAGCAAGGGGACGGCCACGCCAGCCCCCACAGGCUGAUCCCAGCCGGGGAGGGCAGCGAGCCAGUGCCUGGCACAGGGAGCUCUGCCCCACGUGGGGUGCCCGGAGACACCCCCCUGCGCUGGCAGGCCGGUGGGCACCUCUCCCCGCCGGAGCUGCUGUCGGGCAGCGAGGACGAAGCGGAGCUGGGCUCGGUCGGCAGGUUCCUGUGUGAGAGCGACCAGCCCGGCUGCCCGGCCAGCCCUGCCAUGCCCAGCGCACAGAGGAGGCAGCCCCCUCGCCCCCCUGCAGCCCCCCUCGCCGGGCAGGCCGGUGGCACAGCCCAGGGCAGCCCAGGGCAGGACGCAGCGGGCGAAGCAGCAGCAUCGGAGAAAGGAGCAGCAGGAGGCAGCCGGGACAUGGAGACCCCCAGCACCCCAAGCACCCCCGAGCCGGGAGGGGACGCAGGAGGGGGACAACCCCACGGCAGCGAGGUGGUGGCACAGCCGGGGACUCCGGUGGGGGGUAGUUCACCAGCACCCCCUGCCAGGAGAAGGCAUCCCAGCGCUUCCCACUCGGAGCCCAGGCUGCGGGGACCCUCGUGUGACCCCCCCAGCCCAUCCCCGGGGGUUGCACAGGAGGAGGCGAGCGGGGAGAGGGCGGGGGCUGAGCAGAGCUCCCCGGCCGGGUCCCCCAGCGUGGUGAGGCCCAAGGUGCCGGGGCAGCAGAAGAAGAGCCGCAAGCAGCGCGGGGCCAGCGCUGCCGAGGGGGACAGGGAGCCUGGGGGGGCUGCUGCUCAGGGGGCUGCACAGGGACCCGGGAAGGCACCUCCAAGCUCACCAAUGUCCUCUCGGAAGAGCAAAGGGAAGGAGAAGGCGGCCAAGGCGGCUUUGGGGAGGAUGAGCAGCGAGGAGGCGGCGGAGAGCAAGCCACCGGUGCCCGGCCCUGGCGUGGAUGAGGGGGAUCCAGCCGGGAGUGCUCCCCCGAGGCAGAAGGGGAAGGAGCCAGGGGCACAGUCCCCGGGGAAGACAAAGGCCACCAAGCCCUCAAAGGCAGGGCAGGCUGGUGGCUUGGGCGUACGUGACGGUGCACCAGUGAUCCCUGACAACGGAGCCCUGGCUCCCUCAGGAGAGGCAUGCCAGGAGAUGCCAGGGAAGCCUCUCCAACCCAAGAGCGUGGCAGCUUUCAGAGGGGAUGCUGCUGAGGGAGCCUGGAAGGAUCCUGCAGCUGAGAUCCCUGGGUUCCCCAGGAAGCUGAGCCCCCCGUGCUUUGCAGAUGGAGCUUCUGCAAGGUCAGACACCCUGGACGUGACCUGGCCUGAGAUGUAUGACUAUUUUUUCUGUGAUUCCCAAGAGGAAGAAGAACUGGGGAGCUCAGUGGAGGGGCGGAGAUCACCCUUGCAAAGGGAAAUAUCCUGGCCUGAACUGUAUGAGUAUUUUUUCAAUGAACCAGAAGGAAACAGGAAAAAAGUCAAAGGUAAAGACAGGAAAAGAAAGAAGUUCAGCAGCUUGGACCACACUGGGCUGCAGAAUGAGGAUCCCAGCUCAGCUGCAGUCAAGGACACUGUGAUUAUCUCAGUCCCCGAGGUGUGUGAACACUUCUUCCCAGAGACACCUAGGAACAGGAUGGGCUGGAGAGGGAUUUUCUCGAUCGCUCCAGCCUCCGAGGUGAAGAGAGCUGUGGGGGCUCUGAAGUCCCUCCUGCAAAGGCAAAUCCACCCCGAUGGCAGCCAAGCCCCAGCCUCCCAGGCUCUGGUGCCGAGAGGAUCCGCAGAGAAGUUCGCCCUCGUCCCACUGGCUCCCCUGGGAAGAGGCCAGGUGUGGCCAGAGGGUGAGGAGAUGGCCCUUGCACUGAGAGGGACAGCAGAGGAUCCACGAGUGCUGACCCACAAAGACAUGUGCCUGGUGUUCUGUGCCUUUGCAUCCUGGGCAGUGAAGACAUCUGACCUGCAGGCUCCGGAUGCCUGGAAGACCAUGUUCCUGGCAAGUUUUGGCACACUCUCUGCCAUCCGCUACUUCCGGAGGCAGGUCAGAGAAGGACAACCCCGGACUUAGGCUCAGCCCACACUGGAGGUGCUUCCUGGGGACAGGUGGGCACGGUGGAGGCAGAGACUGGGGGCUUUGUUCUUGGACAGUGUGAGAAGCCUGGAUCCCAGCACCAAGACUUCUCUGGACCCAUCCCUACACGGGACAGGACGUCACAGGAAGCAGGAUCGUUCCGGUGACAGGAGUUGAUGGCACGGUAGGCAGGCGGUACCUGCACUGGAGAAAAGGGGAGCCCAGCCUGGGCUGGCUCUGGUCUUUCCUUGCACUCUCCUGGGACACUCCCUAGGAGCAGCCAGUGUCUGUUCCAGGGCACUGCUUAUCCCUCCUCCCCGCUGAAGUCACCUGGUGGCAGAGGAAGGCACUGACGUGGUGGUGGAGGGAGGUGAGGGCAAAAGAAACCAGGAAAGUGCUUCAUUCGUAUGAAAGAGCUGGGAUAUCUGUGAAGGAAGAGUGGAGAGAGCUUUGGGAAGAGCUGUCUGUCCAAACAUGGGGCUUGGCUAAGCAUGUGCUGGCUGGGCAGCAGCUAAAGGGGGAUGGAGGGGCCGCUCUCCUGGCAGAGCCCAGGGCUCCCAUGACUGGUUUUGGCUCACUGCAGGAGGACUCAUCCUCUUGGAUUGCACUCCUAGAAGUCACAGUUCAGUGUAACAGUUCAGGAGGCUGAGAUAAGGUUUCUGUUGCAUGUAGCCACCUCAGCCCUGCUGAGCCAGAACCACGUCUGUCCCCGUGGGUGAGGAGCACCCGCUGCAAGGGCACAUCCCAAACCCAUAGGCAGAGGAUGGACAGAGGUCACACAGCCAGAGCCAGGGGAAGGGGCAGCCAGGAAGGGUUCUGCAGGAGGUGCACAGGAUGGAAAGGGGCAGCAGAGAAAGGGGCUGAGCUCAGGGAAGUCUCAGGAAAGAGCCCUGACGAGGACAGGAGCAUGUCGGAGAGGAGGAAGAAGUACGUGUAUGUGUUUGGCUCUGCCCAAACCACACAGAGGGUCUGGACAUAUGACUUGUUCCCUCUUCUGCCUCCCACCCUAGAGGGGUAAAAUUGGUUGGGGGAGAUUGGGGGUGAGGGGGUGCUGUGGCUGAGUCUGUAACCUGGGGGCCUGGGAAGGGCUCGAGGGGGCCCAGAAUGGAAGGUGGGGUGGAAAAUAAAAAGGAAGCAAUUCAGUUCCUCCCCUGUCUCCAGUGCCUUCCUCAUCACUCAAGGGCAUUAUUCAUGAGGGUUUUUCUUGACUCCCAAGUCUGGUAACAGCAUGAAUGUGAGGUUAAGCACUCAGGGACCAGAUCCACAAAGGUACUAAGGGAAAUCAGCCCAGAAUACCAGUGUGGAUCUGCCUGUGAGCUUUAUAGGAAUGAUGUGGUGAUGUUUGUCUCAUGAAACCAGAGAGGGGAGGUUUAGCUCUUUCCUUGUAAUGCAGAGUGCCAUGCAAUUUUAAUGUGUGUAGGGAUGGACUGAAGACCAUGUAUUGUUGCUGAUAAGAGAGCACACUGUGCAAUUGUGCAGUGAGAUAUGUAACUGUAAGUAGUGAGAGAGAUGUACAGGCUCUAUAUGGACUAUAGCAGCUGUAUAUCCAGUAAGAGGAGUUUUGUGGAGGAGAAGAACAGAUAAAACAUGCUGGAAGCUUCUAAUAAAGUUCUAUUUCAUUUACUA